AUGGACGUUGAAAGCGUCCGAAGCAACCGGAGUGAGAAAAGUGAUCGUUCGCGAAAAUCGAAACGACUACAACUUACGAUCCAUCCUCUGAGCCAGGUUCACACUUCACCCGAUGGUCAAUCUAAGCUCAUGCAUCCUGCACGUGGACCGAUGUCAUCUACACCUGUCGACCCAAGCAUGAUGCAAAAUACAGACCUGAAUCUUCGUCCCAUGACGCCAAGCAACUUGGCUGUAACACAAUCGAUGCAACAGCAGCAACGCCCCCAAGGCCCAUCUUACUCUAUGUAUAAUUGGAUGCCUCCACCAGCUGGAAUGCCUAUGGGCCCCAACUUUACAGCCUAUCCGCAACCUAACCCUUAUUCUCCGAUGGUCUGGAGCAGUCAGCAGCAGCAACCAAUGGCCCCAGCAUCUUAUCCCCACCAAGUUGGUGCGUUCCCUGGCUCUGGUAUGCCUCUACCGAAUCCACAACAACCAGUACAAUCCAUGUCACAUACUGGUUUUGUGUCUCCGGUACAACAACUUUACGCUCCUACACCCCAAAUGGGUAGCACUUCAUCUAACACACAAAGUCCACCUCAUACAGAAUCCUAUCGUCCCGAGUCAUCUCAGAUUCCCCCACCGAUACCCACUCAGCCUCAACCAGUGGCAGCUCCCAAUCCAGCACCACAGUCAUACGAGACACAUCUAUCUCAUGGAGGACAUCACGAUGACACUGCCUGGGUAGAGGAAGCUACUGCAGUAACUGGAGCGACGAGCGAAACCGGCUUAAGUGGUGGAGAUAACUUGUCGAGAUUCGGAGCCCGAUUUGGAUUGGCCGCAUCAUUGGGUCUUCAACCGGGUGCCGGUUACGGUAUCAGCGGGGCUGCCGCUGCUUUGAUCCGCACCGAAGCAGAUGAAAUUAAUGUGUACAGUUGUUCACACGUCCUCGGUCUUUUGGCCUCCACUUUAGUCGCUUUUGGAGCGUUGAUUUCACCCGUGCUUAUGCUACUGCUGCCCCAUUUUCCUUUGCAAGUCGGUUGGGAUACAGAAGCUUGCCAACCAACUUGUGAGGGUCAUCUAAUAGGGAUUUCAGUGAAGCUCGUGCUGCUUAGCCUUGCAACUUGGGUUUUAAGCUCACCCUGUCGAGCAUUGUGUGCNGGAACAGCUAUUCUUCCACGUGUGCGACUAUGCCGUACGCUCUUCCUCUGUCUAGUUUUUGUGGUCUUGUUUGCUUUUUGGUUGUUCUACACUGUUCGUGUGAUCCAGCCCCGUGAACCGGAGUACUUGUCUAUUGUUCUGUUUGCGGAUAGUCUAACGGAUACAUUACUUUUUCUACACUACGCGGGGAUCGGGUUGAUGGAGCUACGCAAAACAAGACACCGAUACGCAAUCCAUAUUGUUCGAUCACCAGAUGGUAUGUCAAAAACUCUCAAAUGCGGAGAAAUGUCCUUGCAACGCGCAGCACUCGAAGUGCUCCAGUUUUAUAUGAUCGAAUUUACGGCUUUCACCCCUGGACAGACGGGCAGCGUAUCCGGGGGAAAACGCGGUCGUGGCCGAAGUGGUGUCAGUGGUGGUGGUGGUGCUCCGAGUGAUCCCGGAAGUAAUACCGGUGGCGGAGGUUCACGAUACAAAUUUUAUGAUGUGGAUGGGUCUGGCACUGGGUUGGUGGACAAGACAGGUAGUGGUGUGGGUUAUACCACUACUAUGGGGCAGACAAACGGCGCAGUAAACACAGCUGUCCCCAGUGCCUCCGCUCGCCUCUACGAGGAGUUGGAACUAGAGAAACGUACGCGUAAACGCCGAAUGCGGUUGUUGCUAGCUGUGGAAGAUGCAUUUACUCAUGUGCGGCGUCUCGCAUCUGAGACAUGUGCAGACGGUAAUGCAGGACAGGCCUCAUUGCCAUUGAAUCCUCCAGGAAACGGAAUCAUGUUCAAAACCAAAUUCAGUCAGGAGAAAUCCUUAGACCCUUAUGAGGCUGCCCAAGCAGUGUUUCCCACACUGAUACGACCUUUGCAGAAGUACAUGCGUGUCACGCGGCAACAGGCUCGUCAUCCGGUCGAUAUGGUUAUCGACCAUUUGGCCCUAUGUCUCGCGUAUGGACUGUCUCCUCAUGCUUUUCUUGAGCGGUUCAAUCCUGCCGCAGCCACUCCUCAGCUUGACGCUGCAGCUGCGGCCACAGCUAUUAGGACGGCAAAACGAGAUCGAAAACAACAACAACAGCAGCAGCAACAAGUUCAUCCACGCUCCGGUCGACCCAGUCAUUCUAAUGGGUUGGACAAUGGACCCUUGUUGCCCAAGCAUGUAUAUCCUGGGGGUCAGCAGGCCUGGAGCAUUGUUGCGGAUCGUGCUCUAUCUCGCAGUUUGGCUGAUGGGGCUAUUUUUCAAUUGCGUCGGGGGUCAGAACUAUCGCUCCUUUGUACUGUGCGGCGUCUACCCCUGAUCCGUUUAAUCGAGGAAGUUCUUGAACCUCUUGAGGCUGGUCGCUUCGCUUUGAACACCGAUAAUGCAGUUUGA